AUGUCUGUGAUUUCAGCUUUCUAUGGUGGCAAGUCCAUUCUCAUCACAGGGGCCACAGGCUUCAUGGGCAAAGUGUUGAUGGAGAAGCUGUUUCGCACCAGCCCUGACCUGAAAGUCAUUUACAUCCUUAUGAGACCCAAGGCUGGCCAGACCCUGCAGCAGAGACUUUCCCAGAUCCUAAACAGUAAGUUGUUUGAAAAAGUCAAAGAAGUUUGCCCCGAUGUGCAUGAGAAGAUCAGGGCUAUUUAUGCAGACCUCAAUCAGAACGACUUGGCCAUCAGCAAGGAGGACAUACAGGAGCUUCUGUCCUGCACAAACAUUGUCUUCCACUGUGCUGCCACUGUACGCUUUGAUGACCAUCUCAGACAUGCCGUGCAGCUUAACGUCACUGCCACCCACCAGCUCUUGCUUAUGGCCAAUAAGAUGACGAAGUUGGAAGCCUUUAUCCACAUGUCUACUGCCUAUGCAAAUUGUAACCUGAAACACAUUGAUGAAGUGAUCUAUUCAUGUCCUGUGGAGCCAAAAAAACUCAUUGAUUCCAUGGAGUGGUUAGAUGACUCCAUCAUUGAAGAGAUCACACCCAAGCUGAUCGGGGACCGGCCCAAUACGUAUGUCUACACCAAGGCCUUGGCAGAGAACUUGGUGAAACAAGCAAGUGGAAGCUUAAACACGGCCAUCAUCAGGCCGUCCAUUGUGGGAGCCACCUGGCAGGAGCCUUUCCCAGGUUGGGUUGAUAACAUCAAUGGACCUUCCGGGCUCAUUAUUGCGAUCGGAAAAGGCUUGCUUCGAUCCUUAAAAGCUACUCCCAAGGCAGUAGCUGAUGUAAUUCCCGUUGACACUGUCGUCAAUCUCACCUUGGCAGUAGGCUGGUACACCGCAGUUCACAGACCUAAAUCUACAUUAAUCUACCACUGCACAUCUGGUACCAUCAAUCCCUGUAAUUGGGGUAAAAUGGGUCUUCAAGUCUUAGCAAGCCUUGAAAAAGUUCCAUUUGAAAGGGCUUUCAGGAGGCCGAAUGCUGAUUUCGUAUCGAACAGCUUCACAAACAAGUACUGGAAUGCAGUUAGCCACCGGGCCCCUGCCAUCAUCUUUGACUUCUAUCUGCGGCUCACAGGAAGGAAGCCCAGGAUGACAAAGCUCAUGAAUCGCCUUUUAAGAACUACUUCCCUGACUGAGUAUUUCAUCAACCAUAGUUGGGAAUGGAGCACAUACAAUACGGAAAUGCUAAUGUUCCAGCUAAGUCCUGAAGAUCAGAAAGUAUUUAACUUUGAUGUACGCCCAUUAGACUGGAUGGAAUACAUUGAAAAUUAUGUUUUGGGAAUUAAAAUGUACUUAUUGAAAGAGGAUAUGGCUGGGAUUCCAGAAGCAAGGCAACACUUUAAAAAGCUCCGAAACAUUUACUACCUUUUUAAUACUGUCCUCUUCCUCAUCGUCUGGCGCCUUCUCAUUGCAAGAUCGCAGAUGGCUCGGAAUGUCUGGUUCUUCAUCGUGAACUUGUGUUAUAAAUUCCUCUCCUACUUUAGGGCAUCCAGCACACUCAAGGCCUGA